AAGAGCGAGGCGGUGAGCGACUUUGCCAAGAACAAGACGCUGGCGGAGCAGCGCCGCUUCCUGCCCGUGUACGGCGUGCGGGAGGAGAUGCUGCAGGUCAUCCGCGAGAACCAGGUGGUGGUGGUGGUGGGAGAGACGGGGUCAGGCAAGACCACGCAGAUGACCCAGUACCUUCACGAGGACGGCUACACCACGUACGGCCUGGUGGGCUGCACGCAGCCGCGCCGCGUGGCCGCCAUGUCGGUCGCCAAGCGUGUCAGCGAGGAGAUGGGCGUGGAGCUGGGCAAGGACGUGGGGUAUGCCAUCCGCUUUGAGGACUGCACCUCCUCAGACACGCUCAUCAAGUACAUGACUGAUGGUGUGCUGCUGCGCGAGACGCUGACGGAGCCAGACCUGGACAGGUGGGGUGGGGUG